UCUCAGUUCCUUUUCUUCUUUCCUGGAGAGUUCCAAAAAUAUCUACUCAAAACCCUUAAUUUGACCUGAUUUUCAUCAAUUUCUACUAAAUGUUGUGGUGAUUCAAUUGAUGAAACCAUCGUUUUGAUCUGGUCAAGGCUAAAGGGGUUUUGAUACUGGUGCCUCACUGCCUGUUAGAAAUUCCAAUAAAUGAAGGAUUAGAAGUACUUCGUUGGUGACUUGGUGGUUAUAAUGUCACUCGACCAUCUCUGUCCGCCAGCUAAGAAAGGAAAAACAAUACAAUCAUUCUUCAAGGCGACAGUGGGUGACAAAUCAAGAUUUGCGUUUCCUUCUACUAACAAUGUUGACGUUACUACAUCACCGCAUAAUCAACCUAGUACUUCUCAGCAACAAAAAAAACAGGACAUAUGCUCAACCAACUAUUUCCAGCUUAUCCAAGGAAGUUGCAGUCCAAGAAAAUGUCGGUACAGAAUCCAGCGACGUCUCUUAUGAGCGUGACCCAGGACUGCGACGUCAAAUUUGGGAAUAUCCAGUGAAUCAACAAGACGAGGUGCGCCGAGCUUAUCUGAAGUAUGAGAGGAGCAUGGAAUGGGUUGCAGGCAUUGUUUCUUAAAGAUUGUCCAUAUGCUUAUUAUGUCCAUUGCUUUGCUCACAGGUUACAACUAGCAUUAGUAGAAGCAGCUACAGAUGAGCAAGAUGUCUAUCUGUUUUUUGAGAAGUUAAAGGUUAUUGUCAAGCUUGUCGGGGCUUCUCCCAAGCGUCACAGUCAGUUGAAAUCUGCAGCAGUAUUAGAGAUCGCCACAAAAUUAGCUGAUGGUGAACUUGAGACUGGUUCUGGAGCCAAUCAAACUCAUACUUUGAAACGGCCAGCAGAUACUCGUUGGAGCUCACAUUUUGGUUCUGCGUUCAGUUUGAUUCGUAUGUAUAAUCCAGCUUGCAUAGUUCUUCAAAAUGUUAUGAAAGACGGAAAGACCAUUAAGAUAAGGGGGAUAGCUAAGGGUGCUUAUCUUGCAAUCAGAUCUUUUGAGUUUGUUUUUAUCUUACACUUGGUAAAAAGUGUCAUGGAGAUAACCGAAGUGCUAUGUCAAGCUCUACAACAGAAAACACAAGAUAUUGUUAAUGCCAUGAAUCUUGUCAAGUCCACAAAAGUGCUUCUUCAAGAAUUGAGAGACACAAAUUGGGUUACUUUUUUUGGAAGUGUUAAACGUUUUUGUGAUGAACAUGACAUUGUCCUUCCAGAAUUUUCAGAUCGAUAUAUGAUGGGAACGAGUCGUUCUUGUCAGCAGAAAGACCAUAUCACUAUUGAGCAUCACUACCGUGUUGAUAUAUUUAACGCUGUCAUAGAUUUUCACCUAGCGGAGCUAAGCAAUCAAUUCACAGAGGAAUCAAUGGAGCUACUUAUGCUUUGUUCAGCUUUCAGUCCGGAUGAAAAUUAUAAAUCUUUUGACAUUGAUUCCCUUUGCAGUCUUGCAGAAAGGUUUUGCCCUGAAGAUUUCACGGAACAAGAGGUAUGUGUUUUAAGAAGCCAACUACAGCAUUACAAAAUAGACGUUGUUGACAAUCCAGAUUUUGGAAACAUGACUACGGUGGCUGAUUUAUGUCAGCGGUUGGUUGAAACAGGUAAGUCAAAUGCCUACAAUUUGAUAUAUAGAUUAAUUCACCUUGUCUUGACUCUUCCCGUUUCAACAGCUAGUGCAGAAAGGGUAUUUUCAUGUAUGAAUAUUGUGAAAACGGUACCUCGUAACAAGAUGGGUAAUGAGUUUCUUGGAGAUUGUAUGGUAGUCCACACUGAAAGAGAAAUUGCGGAAAAAGUGAAAUGUGAUGAUAUCAUAGAUGACUUUGCUUCAUUGAAACCACGAAAGCCUUGCAAGUGUUGCUAUAAAGCUCAGGAAAUGAUUAUGAUUUGGUUGUUGGACAAGUUAUGUAUGGUAUGUUUGCAUCAAUAAAAAGGUACGAAUUCAGAAUUUCUUUUGUAGAAAUUUUAGAUUAUC